AUGGGCAACAAGGCGCUGGGUCGAAUGGCACAGUCGAAGCGCCGUCCAGGCGCCACACCCCGCGUGACGAACCAGCAAUCGAACCACGCCAUCCACACCGUCGAGCCUUUUCACGACCCCACCGCGCACCACCACCAUCCAAGCGCCCACACGACGUCCGAAGUGCCGCCGUCAACCGACGGCUGGCGUAGCACUGACACGAGCGAACUCAACAACGAUCCCGACGACGACGAGGACGACGAGCGAACGCACCCCGACGUCACGCGCCCGCGGCUCGGGAGCGGAACCAAACUCACACGGAACAAGGGCACAUCGGGUGGCGACUCGAGCGACGACGAUAGCGACAUCACGCGGCAGCUCAACACGCGCAACGUGACCAUUUCGUCGCUCAGGCCACCACCACCCAAGCCAUCGAUCGACCAUCCUCCACGGCCGACGUCUCCGCUCUCGACCAGUGGAGGCAAGGCGGUCCACCUCGGCCCCCUCGACGCCAAGUCGGCGCAAUCGUUUGCCCGUCGAAAAAGCAUGGCGAACCAGCCAUUGGUCGCAGGGGUUGUGCCACCGCCGCCCGCCGCCGGCGGCAUGGACGCGAUCGGCCUCCUGGAGCUCGUUCAGCCACAGGCUGACCCCGCGGGAACGAUGCUCGCACGAGGCAGCCCCGCGGAGAACAAUACGGACGACGAUGACGUGGCGACGAUGGAGCUCCUGAAUGAGCUCAUGCUCGAGUCGGCUCCAACCCCCGUCACCCCCAAGAUCGAGUCUCGGAAGGAAGCGAAUAUUCGAGAAGCGCUGCUAGUGUCCAAGCAGCAGCGCAGUGCCGGGAAGACCACCACCAUCGGGGGGCUCUCAGCGAAGCCAGUCGUGUAUUCGCCGCAUCUCGACGCGACGGACGAAGCCAUCAUGAACCAGAUAUUGCAGGAGAGGAGGCCAGGCACAACCCCCUUCAGUUAG